CAUGUUGUCUUGGGAGGGAAGCAGUGAAAGGAGGAGAGGAAAUGGAGGAGUGCUGAUACAAAAGGGAGGAGACUGAGCCAGAGACUGCAGCUGGUGGAAGCCCAACAGUCUCAACCUUCCCUAUAUAUAUAUAUGUAAUGGUUCCUCUGCAGUUCUUCCAAGGAUCAUGGGUCUGGGCCGCCAUAAACUGGUUGUCUUAGUCCUCAUCUUGUCCAUAUCAGUCCUGCUCUAUCUCCUUCUCCCCUCUGCAAGGAAUGAGCAAGAGGAGCCAAAAGCUGAGGUCCCCCGUGCAGAACCCCAGGACAGCAUGAACUUUACCGUGCGGACAGGUAUCCAGAACGGAGACUGGCCCACCUUCUACAGGGAAGCCGUACCAAGGAGCAGCCUGGAAGGGGCCACAGCAGAAAGGUUCCCAGUGCUUUUAUUGCACGGCCGCUCGUUCACUUCGAAAAACUGGGAAGAACUGGGGACGCUGCAGAUCCUGUCUGAACACGGAUACCGGGCUGUGGCCAUUGACUUACCAGGGUAUGGGGAGUCACUAAAAGCUCAGCCUAUGUCUUCGGAGAAAGGCCGCACAGAGUAUCUCCUCCACAUCAUGGAAGCACUGGGCACACGACAGCCGGUCAUCAUUAGUCCAUCUAUGAGCGGCCUCUUCUCCUUGCCUCUCCUCCUGCAGCACCCUGACCGGCUAAGGGGGUUUGUUCCAGUGGCUCCUGUGGGGACAAAGAGCUUCAAACCACAGCAGUACCAGCAAAUCCAGGUCCCCACCCUCAUUGUAUACGGCACAGAGGAUAUAAAUCUGGGCAGCCAAUCUCUUGAGAGCUUGCAGCACCUUCCAAACCACACACUGAGCCCCCUGAAAGGAGCUGGACAUGCGUGUUACAUGGACAGACCGGAGGAGUUCCACACAGCUCUGCUGAUGUUCCUUAGUAAACUCUAAUUCCCAUCAGAUAACAGGAAUCUGAGAUCUGGAGCCUUCGUGAGAUGACCGGGAGAAGGAUCUCGCUGGUCAUGAAGGACUUGCUGGGCAUAGUUGUGCUGCCUGUGACCUAGAUCUGGUGUGCGACGAGAACUCUUGCUAUUUAAACAUUAUGAGAAAAGAAAGGCAAGUGGGAGGAGGUGAUAUUAUUAGGGUGAGGUUUAUUUGGGUAAAGGCGUAUCAGCCAUAACUUAUCACAUACAGUAUAAUCAAGGGGUCUGGGACCUCAGAGCCCACUACUAUACAGGUAGUGGAAAAGUCUUCCAAAGUUGUUGUUCACAUUUUUCACCAUUUCAUGUUAAUUCCAACAUCUAAUUUUGAAAAAUGUCUUUACAAUAUAUGUUAUGAGUGGUGAAAGAUAAUUUAUUUAUUUUUUUUCUGUUGUAGAGCUGCAAAUUUCUUGUAUAGACAUGGAUGUAAAAUGCACAAAAAGGGAAAGAAAAAAUCGGAGUCAUUUUUGCAAACAAGUACCGUGUCCAAUGGACACAAAUUUGAUUGAGAUGACAAUGCAGACAAAUUAAAACACAUAUAUUGUGAGGAAUACAGCACAAAAGGUGAUAUCUCCGGCUCCGCCAUCUAAAAAUUGAUACAUGCUCUUAAAGUCUGAAAUAUGCGGUCUGUAUCUAGGGGCAACCAAAAAAAAAAGUAAAAUGGUUGCAAGGUGUAAACAUCAAUAAAAGUGCAUAAUUUUGUAUAUUGCACCUAAACAUUCAUAGCGACAAUAGCAGCAACCCAGAAAUGGGGUAAAAGGUGCUCGCAAGGAACAAAGGGUCAUGUGCAUAAUGAUGUAAACAAGAACCCAAUACAGAAAAAGGACCAAUAUUACCAAGUAAAGAAGGCUGGUGGGCAGACGCAGGGAUAGCACCACUCCAACGCACGUUUCGGUACGCCACCUUCGUCAGGGAGUCCCAAGUAAAAUGACAAAAUUCCGUCUUCCUCCAGCUAGGGAGCUUACUGUAAAUUGUGUUAUAUCCUGGAAUACUUCUUUUAUAAAAUUAAACUUUUUGUAAUUUAUUUAAAAAAAAUUUUUUUUUUUUUUUUUUAACAGGCUUCCGGCAUAAAAAAAAAGAAAAAAAAAACUGUAUAUACCUGCCGCUGAUGCAUGCAAUAACCUGCUCCAGCCUCCGCUGUGGUCCUCUUUCUGGCUGCAGGUGGUCAAACCGUCACACUGCGACUUAGAUAAUGGCCGGCCACAGCGAUGUCUCAGCCAGCGAUAGGCUAAGCGGCAGUGUGACCUAUUCGGCCCCAGCCCCGGUCUUCUUCCUAGUGCUGGGGCCGAUUACAUCACGCUACCACUUAGCCUAUCGCCAGCCAAGGCGGGACAUUGCUUUAGCUGAUGAAUAGCUAAGCUGCAGAGUGCACGUCCUCCUGUGCAGGCUCACUGUGUUAAAGUGGCCACUGCGCUAUUAAGCAGUGGCAGGGCCAGCCUGACCAUGGAGCUAGGUGGCACAAUAUAAAAAAAAAAUUGAAUAAAAAAAAAGGCAACAAAGUGCCCCCUGGGACCAUGGUCCCACUGGGUCCCAUGGUAGGGCCGGCCCUGGCAGUGUGCCAGACUGACCUCUGGCAGCCAGGAAGAGGAUCGCUGCGGAGGGCAGAGCGGGUUAUUGGGGGAGCUGUGGCAGGUAUGUACAGUUUGACUGACUGACUGUUCUUUUAUUUCUAUUAUUUUUUUUUUUUUUUUAUUUAAUGCCAGCAGUCUGGGGAAGUUUGAAAAAAUAUUUGUAUCCCAGAGUACUCCUAUUUAAGUCUAAAGAGAACCUGUCACCUGAAACAU